UGUUAAAGUAAAAGUAAACAAAACAAACUAAAAACAAUAAUGGAAAAUAUUGAAGAAGAAAAUACAAUUACGUCAAAAAUAAAAGUGUUGGAUAUUGGAGACGAAGAGGAAGAUAUAGAGGAAUACCCAAUUGAAAAAACGGGUGCUUCAAAAUUCUAUCGGGACUUUCAAGCAGAUUUUAGAAAGCAUUUAAGUUAUCUUUUAUUUGGAACUCACAGCCCCAUUGAAUUUGUCGACGAUUGGAAUUUAGUGGGACGGUUUGGAGCGUCAGUCCAUAAGAAAGAUAAUCAAACCAGAAGUUAUUCCUUUCAUUAUACUACGGAUAAUACCACACCACCUGGAACUAUAAUAAUUGGACCUGCAAUUAACAAAAGGGCAGCAAUGGAUCUAGUAAGAAAACGACUGAGUGAUGAGAAUUGGAUAUCGGAAAACGAGAUUAGCACACCUCUUAAAGCGAAAUUGGACAAUCGUUAUUAUUACCGCGAUCAAUAUAUACGGCAAGUUGUAUCCGAUGCUAUUGAAACAGAAAAUAGUCGACUCCUUAAUUAUUUGUUGCAUUUACACAGAGAAUAUAUGAAGGAUAAAAAAUUGUGAUUUUAUAUAAGUCCAAUUAAUUGUAAUUAGGUUAAUUAAAUUGUAUUAAUUGCUUAUUUUUAAAUCAAAAUUGAUUUCUAUUAUAUGAAGUUUAAAAUAAACAACCAACUACACUUAGGCAUUUGGUUCGUAAUGAGA